AUGGUCAACGCAGGCCGUGUCUGCUGCAUAGCAGCGCCCUUUCUCCUCUCAAUAGGUGUACUGACACUCGACAAUCUAUACUUUGUCAAGAUCGACAUGACCAACCUCACACUGACGUCCUCCGCAAACCUCCUCGCUGGAGAUAACUCCAACAGCACCCUGUUAGGCGGCGCCCUCCAAGCAGCCAAGCAAUCCCUGGGUAUGAAAGACUACUACACCAUCUACCUGCGCAGCUAUUGCAGUUGGAAUGGCGACGACACCUAUGCAAAUUGCACGGACCCGAAAUCCUACUUCUGGUUCAACCCGAUCAAGAUCUGGGGCUUGAACAGCACCGGCGUCCCUGUUGACGACUAUCUACCCAAGAGCUUUAGAGACGGAGUGGAUGUGUAUCACGACGCUUCCAAGGCCAUCUUCUACUUGUACAUUGGCGCGCUGAUUGCCUCGUGCAUCACUAUCCUUGUGGGCAUCUCGGCCAUCUUCUCGAGAUGGGGUUCUUUCUUUACUACCUUCUGCGCUUCCGCCAUGGCGCUCCUUCUCGUUGCAGGAUCUAUCACCGCCACCGCCGUUUACAUCGUCCUAAAGGCCGCCUUGAACAACACUCUGAAGAAGGAAUACGGCAUUAAGACCACUUUGGGCAGCUCCGUCUUCUCCGUCACCUGGAUUGGCAGUGCCUUCGCUGUCGGAGCGGCAUUCUUCUGGUUGUUGAGUGUGUGCUGUUGCAGUGGAAGAAGUCCCUACAACCCUGGAAGUAAAGAAGCUAGACGCACAAGAGCAGAGAAGACGCCGUAUACGUAUGAGAGGGUGGGGAGUCCCUACAUGGGCCCAAGUGACCAGCAAAGUGUGCCAUUGAACACGCUCGGCCCCCAGCCAUAUGCGCCGCAAAGAGGUGCCGCUUACGAACCAUUCAGGCCGCAAGGUGUCUGA